CCUUGGCGUGGGGCGGGGCCAGGCCUCCUCCGCGGGGCGGAGCAGGGCAGGACAGGCCGGCUUCUACCCUCCUACCCUUGAGAUUAACCCGGAACUAGCAGAGGCUCCUUUGGGAAGGCCUCCGAGCCAGAUCAGGAGUGGGAGCCUGAACUGUGAGUGCAGACCACUGAAGCCAGGCUUUAGACAGGAGGGCCUCACAGCUCCCAGCCUAGGUGCACCCCGGGUGGCACGUGGCACAUUAGUGCAGAGUGCUGGCAGCCUCAGCGGCUGGAGUAUGGCGCCCCCGCGGAACGUGGUGAAGAUUGCCGUCCAGAUGCCUGACGCCAUCCCACAGCUUAUCCAGCUAGACCAGGCAAAGCCCCUGGCCACUGUGCUGAAGGAGGUGUGUGACGCGUGGAGCCUGACUCACCCGGAGCACUAUGCCCUACAGUUUGCUGAUGGGCACAAGAGAUACAUCACAGAGAAUAACCGCACGGAGAUCAAGAACGGAAGCAUCCUGUGCCUCAGCACCGCCCCAGAUCUGGAGGCCCGGCAGCUACUGGGUAGGCUGCAGAGUACAAGUCGUGAAGGGUGCUGUGAAGCCCUGAGAAGCCUGGUCCUGCUGGCCUCAGACAUGACCUUUGCCCAGGAGGUCAUCAGCCGUGAUGGGCUUCAGAGACUAAGCACCAUCAUUGAAAAUGGGGAUGACCUAGGGGAGAUGCUGGCCCUUGGUCUGAGGGCUUUCUUGGAGCUCAUGGAACAUGGUGUGGUAUCCUGGGAGACACUCAGCAUCUCUUUUGUCAGGAAGGUGGUGUCUUACGUGAACAUGAACCUGAUGGAUGCCUCUGUGCAGCCCUUAGCCCUCAGGCUUCUGGAGAGUGUGACCUUGAGCAGCCCUGCCCUGGGCCAGCUGGUGAAGAGUGAGGUGCCACUGGAUAGGCUGCUGGUGCACCUGCAGGUAAUGAACCAGCAGCUGCAAACCAAGGCUAUGGCAUUGCUGACAGCCCUUCUACAGGGGGCUAACCCCAUUGAGCGUAAGAACAUGCUUGACUACCUGUGGCAGAGGAAUCUUCGCCAGUUCAUCUACAAGAACAUCAUCCACAGUGCAGCACCCAUGGGCGACGAGAUGGCUCACCACUUGUAUGUGCUGCAGGCUCUUACCCUGGGGCUGCUGGAGCCACGUAUGCGGACACCACUUGACCCCUAUAGCCAGGAACAGCGGGAGCAACUGCAGGCCCUGCGUCAGGCAGCCUUUGAACCAGAGGGGGAGUCCUUGGGGACAGGACUGAGUGCUGACCGCCGCCGGUCUCUCUGUGUCCGAGAGUUCCGCAAGCUAGGCUUUUCUAACAGCAACCCAGCCCAGGACCUGGAGCGUGUGCCCCCUGGCCUGCUAGCCCUGGACAACAUGCUCUACUUCUCCAGACAUGCCCCUAGUGCAUACAGUCGGUUUGUGUUGGAGAACAGUAGUCGAGAGGACAAGCAUGAGUGCCCCUUUGCCCGGAGCAGCAUCCAGCUGACGGUGUUGCUGUGUGAGCUGCUUCGUGUUGGGGAGCCUUGCUCCGAGACGGCCCAGGACUUCUCACCCAUGUUCUUCAGCCAGGACCACAGUUUCCACGAGCUCUUCUGUGUGGCCAUCCAGCUGCUGAAUAAGACCUGGAAGGAAAUGAGGGCAACACAGGAGGAUUUUGAUAAGGUAAUGCAGGUGGUUCGGGAGCAGCUAGCCCGCACCCUGGCUCUGAAGCCCACCUCCCUGGAGCUCUUUCGAACUAAAGUGAACGCCCUCACCUAUGGGGAAGUGUUGAGGCUGCGGCAGACAGAGCGGCUGCACCAGGAGGGCACCUUGGCCCCUCCUAUACUGGAGUUGCGGGAAAAGCUGAAGCCAGAGCUCAUGGGUCUAAUUCGCCAGCAGCGUUUACUCCGACUCUGUGAGGGAAUGCUCUUCCGCAAGAUCAGCAGCCGGCGACGCCAGGACAAGCUGUGGUUCUGCUGUUUAUCCCCCAACCACAAAGUGCUGCAGUAUGGGGAUGUGGAGGAGGGUGGCCACCCACCCACCCUAGAGAGCCUACCUGAGCAGCUCCCUGUGGCAGACAUCAGGGCACUCCUAAUGGGCAAGGACUGUCCCCAUGUCCGGGAGAAAGGCUCUGGGAAGCAGAACAAGGACCUCUAUGAGUUGGCUUUCUCUAUCAGCUAUGACCAUGGGGAGGAAGAGGCAUACCUCAAUUUCAUUGCUCCCUCCAAACGCGAUUUCUACCUGUGGACAGAUGGGCUGAGUGCCCUGCUGGGCAGCACCAUGAGCAGUGAGCUGACUCGGCUAGACCUUGAGCAGCUGCUUACUAUGGAGACCAAGUUGCGGUUGUUGGAACUGGAGAAUGUACCCAUUCCUGAGCAGCCUCCCCCAGUACCCCCGCCCCCUACCAGCUUUAACUUCUGCUAUGACUACAGCAUCUCUGAGCCUUGACUGAAGUUGGCUUGUAGGUAUGUGUCAAAUCAGCUCUGAACCUGUGGGUUAAGCCUGUUAAUAAAGAUGGACAUGUCUUCAAACAUAGUGACAUACAGUACCAGGUGAGGCCACAAAGUUAAACAGCUAGCUACUUUUGGAAGGCUGGUGUUCGGGGAGACUAGGCAGAGAAUAUUGCCCUUCUUGAAGUGAGUCCUUAGCCUCCCUCAGCUCAGGACAUGAAGGAUGACCUGUCAUCUGAACACCAGAGAGGAGACUGGAAUGUCGGCCAGACGACAAAAGAAGUAGCAGGGCCGGUGCACUGCCCCAAGUGGAUGCCUUUCUGGGCACCAGCAACAGUGGUCUGCCUGGCAGCCAUGCUUUCAGAAGGCUCCUCAUAGUCUGCCCUCAUUCCUCAACCCUACUUGGCCCUGUCCCUUGGCCUCUGUGCUGUGCAGAAACCUUUGGUAAGACGCAUGAGGAGACACACAAAGCUGAAGAGAAGGCUGUCA